AUGACGACCACCCGACGACGACCACAAGUGCUGUAUCAGAACCACCACCAUCAACACCUACGUCUCCAGAACCCAGCACCAGGAGCAACAUCCGUGUCCCUCUUCUCCACCACCGCCGCGGCGCAGCGCAUGAACAGCCUCAUGGACACGACCAUCCUGACCGAGACCCAGCACGCGGUCCGCGAGGGCGUGGCAUCCGUGUGCGCGCGCUUCCCCAGCAGCUACUGGCAGGAGCGCGACGCGACGUCGACGGACCCGACCGAGUUCCACGCGGCGCUGGCCGAGGGCGGGUGGCUGGGCGUGGCGCUGCCCGAGGCGCUGGGCGGCAGCGGGCUGGGCGUGGCCGAGGCGACCGUCAUGAUGCAGACCAUCGCUGAGUCCGGGGCGGGCAUGGCCGGCGCGCAGGCGGUGCACGCCAACGUGUACGCGACGCAGCCGCUGGCCCGCUUCGGCAGCGAUGCACAGCGCGGGGACGUCCUGCCGCGCGUCGUCGCCGGCGAGUGGCGCGUGUGCUUCGGCGUGACGGAGCCGGAUGCCGGGCUCGACACGCUGAGGCUGCGGACGCUCGCGCGGAAGACGGAGGAUGGUGGUGCGUAUAGGGUGACGGGCCAGAAGAUCUGGAUCACUUGCGCGCAGGUGGCACGGAAGAUGAUGCUGCUGGCUCGCACGACGCCCGUGGAGGAGGUGAAGAAGCCGAGUGAGGGCUUGUCCCUGUUCUGUAUCGAUUUGGAUAGGACGAAGCCUGGGCUGGACAUGCGGAGGAUCAGCAAGAUGGGUGGCCGCGCUGUUGAUGCGAAUGAGGUUUUCUUCGACAACUAUGAGAUCCCGGCGGAUACGUUGAUUGGCGAAGAGAACAAGGGGUUCAAGGUCAUUCUGCACGGAAUGAAUGCAGAACGGUGCUUGUUGGCUGGUGAGGCGUUGGGGCUUGGAUACGCGGCAUUGAACAGGGCGGCCGAGUACGCGAGGGAGAGAGUCGUCUUCCAGCGCCCUAUCGGUAAGAACCAGGCUAUUGCGCAUCCGUUGGCAGAUGCGUAUAUGAAGCUUGAAGGCGCAAAGCUGGCAACAUAUCAUGCUGCACGACUGUUUGACGCGAGUAAGACGGACGACUCAAUCACGCCGCAUUCGCUCGGAGUGGCGUGCAACAGCGCAAAGUACAUGGCAGCUGAGGCAGCAUUUACGGCAUGUGAGAGGGCUGUACUUACGCACGGCGGGAUGGGAUACGCUGCUGAAUAUGACGUCGAGCGGUGGUUCAGGGAAUGCUUGGUUCCCCGGAUUGCUCCUGUCAGCCGAGAAAUGAUUCUGAAUUACAUCAGCGAGAAGGUCCUGGAGCUACCGCGUAGCUAUUAG